CCGCCGUUGUCAUCCAGCUCUUCUCCUAUGAUAGGCAAGGGCAUUCAAUUUGGAUACGUGUGUACAGGCGAGGCUUUCAUCUUCCUUCACAUUCCGGAUGACCCCACCACCGUUCGCUAUCAUGUAUGUGUUCCCAAUAUGGACGUCCUGGAUGACGACGAGAACAGGCUUCGCUUGACCGCACGGCUGUCGCGCAGGUCUUCGCUUUCAUCUUCCAGAUCCUUCGUUUCGGGCCACCUCCGAGCUGGCACAACGCGGCUGCAGCCCUCGACCCCUGGGCUGUAGAACAUGACGACGCACUAAGAAACGUUCCCGAAUCCGUACGCAAGUGCAAGGAAACUCGUGCCUCUCCCUACAAACCCCAACGCUGGCGAGGCUUCAACCGCUCGUCGAUUUAGACAUGCUCUCGCUGCAAGCUGUAGCAGGCAACCGCUGAUUCAACGUAGCGAGUUCAUCAUCGGCGCUUUAUCAGAGCGCGACAUCGUCGGGUGGUCAGCAGCUUUGAGUGACGAAAUGACAUCCCGGAUGGCAUCUGUUCUAUUACCAACUGGCAUCCCCAAAACUCCCUAUAGUUUCCCUGCCAAUCACGUCCUUUCAUUAUAUCCCCGACAGCACGCACUUCCCCCAAACCACGACCCUCAAAUGGCAUCCCUCAAAUGGCAUCCCUUAAUUACGUCCCUUAAAUCGCAUCCCUUAAAGCACGUCCGUUAAAUCACGUCGUUACGAAUCGCAGGCCGACGCACGCGCCAAGACAUCAUCCUCUUCGCCGAUCAAUUCCUUACCCCGUCCCGCUUCAAUCAUCUCGCUGACCGGUUUGUCAGUAACAGUGCCCUAAAGCGCCAGCAAUUGACUCCACCCCGACCGGCCCCGAUAUCUUCAUCAGAGGGGUCUGCAUCUGAGCGCUUUACUAGUAAUAGUCUUCGAAGCGCGCCGCCGAAGUGACCCACCUUGACCGGCCCCGACUGUGUUACUAUUGAAGGGUCCCAAACGCUGCUGGUAACGUGCUCGUCAGCGAAGCGCCCCGUCAAGUCCGCGCCCCACCGACCUACUGCAUAUGUUAAAUCGCCUCCCAGAUGACUACACUUCCGUCCGGCCUACUACUUUGGUUACAAUGGGCUAACAGCAAAAGCUUACUGGGCGCUAGAGAAGUAAUGGAGCUGCUAGACUGGCGACAGAGUGCCACGUUACUGGGCUUCCGGGAAGCCCCGACCUGAAAAAUUUCAGAAUUAUGACAGUCGCGUGCCCCGCCGGUAGACUACGGCAGCUGCCGAAGGCGACUCAAGGCAUGAGCUGCAAACGAACAGAUGGGGCAGAGCAGGGCAAGUUGAUCACUAGGCAGUUCGUGUCCAGCACUUAACAAAAAGCAGCAUUAUUCUGUACAUACCUCCGUGUCAUAGAUUAACUCUCAUUCAAAGCAUCAGAAAGGGCGCUAAAAGGGUAUCAGUAGAAGAGCGGGACACUGGCAGAGCACUGGUAGGGCACUGGUCGAGCACUGGUGCUUACGAUCUGGUCAUCCAGUGCCCAUCACGUGUUUCCCUUCCCUUCGGACGGCGUAGAGAACCUGGCUAAGCUCAACAAAACAAGCCUUAACGGUGUUGGAGGGCUGCAAGUCAAUGAGUCGUCAAGUCUGCUUCUAAAACGUUCAAGUAAGAAGCACCCCCGAGGUAUUUCACUUGUAUCCUUACAUACGAGGAUGGUGCUAGCUUCGUCAGGUGAUUCUGAUGGCUGUUUGGUUGUCGCUAUAGAUCUGGACUUUGUUGGUUCCCUUCUGUUUGCCUUCGGUUAUCUCGAGGGUGAGGAUGAUGCCUUGCAUCUCUCCCGCGUGCACUGUCGAUGUGGACUCGGACCCCAUAUGAAUUGUGGGCCUGGUGUGUCGUCGUGCACACCGCCGCCGCUCCUAUGUGGCCGUUAAUGCCGCUCUCAUCUGUACAGACGUGCACAGCUUCGGCUUCACGAUCGAUACUUCUCUAGAGCUCUUUCCUGGCAGUUUCCGCGGUGUCGGUCCCGAACAACCCACUCGUUCCGGGAAGCCACUCGGCCGACCGUGGCUGUGUCUUAAGGACCCCGUUAGCCUUUUGAUCCCCAUAGAAACCUUCCAACAAGGGUGUCUCGGCCCCAGGCAAAGCCGAGACGGUGCCGCCCCGUAUCCGGUACGCGCCAUAU